AAGAGUACACUACGUUUUGAAAUGUGAUUGGACAGUUAGAGAUAUUUACAUGAGAAAAAGCGUUUUGUGACUGAUCAAGUCCCAAAAAGUCUGACACUGAUGAAAUCAAGAAUCAUGAGACAAAUGAUCCUGUUUCACUUACUGCUCUUCUUUCCGAUGUAUUCAACCCAAAAUUAUAUUUUUUCAGAAAAUGUGGCUUUACGUGGCAAAGCCACUCAGGCUCGGCGCUACAUUGGAGAAUGGGAUAUUUUUGGAGCUGCUUCUAACGCCAUUGAUGGGAACACAAAUUCUGUCUUCAGAGACGGAUCUUGCAGCCACACUGAACAGCAGUCCAACCCCUGGUGGAGAGUGGACCUGCUGGACUCGUACGUCGUCACCAGAGUCAUCAUCACCAACAGAGAAGACUGCUGUGAAGAGAGGAUCAACGGAGCAGAGAUUCGCAUCGGAAACUCUAUACAAUUCAAUGGCAUUGAAAACCCACGGGCUGCUACAAUCUUCUCCAUUCCAAGAGGGGCCUUUAAAGUAAUAGAUAUUCUUAACCGCAUUGAGGGACGUUAUGUCACUAUCGUAAUACCUGGAUCAGGAAAGAUUCUGACUCUCUGUGAAGUGGAGGUCUACGGGUACCGCGCCCCGACCGGUGAGAACCUUGCUCUUCAAGGCAGAGCCUCACAGUCAUCACUGAAUGGUGUUUAUCUUCCCUACAACGCCAUUGACGGGAAUCGUGGCAACCAGUUGAUUAAGGGGUCCUGCUCACAAACCUCAAACGACUCCAACCCCUGGUGGCGAUUGGAUCUGCGCAAAACACGUAAAGUGUUUUCCAUAAAGGUCGUCAACCAGGAUUCAGCUGAAGAACGACUCAACGGAACCGAGAUCCGCAUCGGAGAUUCUCUUGACAACAAUGGCAACAACAAUUCCAGAUGUGGUGUGAUCACCGUUUCUCCAGGAAAGAGUCUAUAUGAGUUUGACUGUAACGGGAUGGACGGACGCUACGUGAACAUCGUCAUCCCGGACAGGAGCGAGUACCUUACGCUCUGUGAGGUUGAGGUUUACGGCUCCACGCUGGAAUAAAGCCUGUAGUGGCAACAAGUUGCUGUUUUGUGUUACAACUUGCAACAUAGCAAACAGCAACACAAAACAGCUGUAUUAUUCUGCUUAAUAAAAAGGCUAUUAAUUUUACUUAAAAUAUUCUUUUGCUAUU